AGGAAAUUGUUUUUCCUUUGCCCCGAAAGGGGCGUCUUUCACGAUCACUGUUUAGCUGGGUUCUAUUUUCAUGAUGCAAGUUGGGGAAGGCGGCGCCCACUCUUCUGACAAGGGAAGUGGCGAGGACACUCCCACGUUUUAAGGAUUCAGUGACUGCCUGACUUGGAGGAUGUGGACCUAGUGGUUAGAGCCAAGGACCAAGCAGGAGGUUGUGUGGAGGGUCCAGGAAAAUGGAAGGAUCCAGUUGGGAUUCUAGGAAUAUGAUCAGGAAGAGAAUGUCUGUGGUGCAUCAGCUGUCAGCUGGAUGGUUACUGGAUCAUCUUUCUUUCAUUAACAAGAUAAACUAUCAACUUCACCAGCAACUUGAGCCCUGUUGCAGUAAAAAUGAGCCCACUUCUUCUAUACAUUCUGAUUCUCUUCAAAUAGAUUCUUUGUCCUCUUUUGGAGCCUCUGCUACAUUUACUGCUUUUGACUCUACCUUUAAGGAAGAUAAUGACGAUGGAGGAAAUUGUGAAAUGUUCAUACAAAAAUAUGUUUUUCGAUCUGAACUAUUUGAUGUCACCAAACCUUAUAUAACUCCAGCUAUACACAAAGAAGGCCAACAAAGGAAUGAAAAGGAAGAUCUAAUGAAUGGUGUUAAAAAAGAAAACUUCAUUUCUAUUAUUGGGAAGAAGCGUAAAAGAUGUGUUGUAUUCAAUCAAGGUGAAUUAGAUGCUAUGGAAUACCAUACAGAGAUCAGGGGGCUGAUUUUGGAUGGUUCUUCACAGUUAAUCCAAGAAGGUCUCAAAAGUGGCUUUCUUCGUCCCCUUUCUGAAAAACAGGACAAGUGUAUUGAGCCCAUUACUUUACCACUUGAUACUUGUAAACUGUCAGAAUUAUGUGAAAUGGCAAAGCAUUUGUCUUCUCUGAAUGAAAUGGAACUUCAGACGUUGCAAUUGAUGGAAGAUGAUAUGUCUGUUACGGAACAGGAUUUAUUUUCACGGGUUGUUGAAAACAACUCUAGCUUUACCAAAAUGAUUACUUUAAUGGGACAGAAAUACCUGCUACCACCAAAAAGCAGUUUUCUUUUGUCUGACAUUUCUUGUAUGCACCCACUUGUGAAUUGCAGGAAAACAUAUGAUGUAAUUGUGAUAGAUCCACCAUGGCAGAACAAAUCAGUUAAAAGAAGUAAUAGGUAUAGUUACUUAUCACCUCUGCAAAUAAAGCAAAUACCUAUCUCUAAACUGGCUGCUCCAAACUGUCUUGUUAUUACUUGGGUGACUAAUAGACAGAAGCACCUACGUUUUAUAAAGGAAGAGCUUUAUCCUUCUUGGUCUGUGGAUGUAGUUGCUGAAUGGCACUGGGUAAAAAUCACCAAUUCAGGAGAGUUUGUGUUCCCAUUGGAUUCUCCACACAAAAAGCCUUAUGAAGGUCUUAUACUGGGGAGAGUUCAAGAAAAAGCUGCUUUACCAAUAAGGAAUGCAGAUGUAAAAGUGCUCCCCAUUCCAGAUCACAAGUUAAUUGUCAGUGUGCCGUGUACUCUUCACUCACACAAGCCAUCUCUUGCUGAGGUUCUUAAAGACUAUAUCAAGCCAGAUGGGGAAUGUUUGGAAUUAUUUGCUCGAAAUUUACAGCCAGGUUGGACUAGUUGGGGCAAUGAAGUUCUCAAAUUUCAACACGUGGAUUAUUUUAUUUCUGUGGAUUCUAGAAGCUGACUACGGUCUUAAAGCUAUGAUUUUCUUCACCUCUUCUUCCUUUGUUCUAAUUGAUUUUUCCUUUUAUUACCAGCCAGUAUGCUUAGAAAUGUAAACAGGACUUGGUUUUUCAGCAAAAUGAGCAGAAGUGACUAGUCUUCAUAUAAUUUUGAGAUGAAUUUUACUUUAGUUGUUCUAGUAUUCCACAUUAUUUUAGACUUAAUACAAAUAAAGAGGUAAGCAGUUAGAAAGAUGGCAAUACUUGGUCACUGAAAAAGUUCAGAAAGCAUGCACUGUGGACCAGAGGUCAUAAUUCUGCCUAUGGGAUGUUUUGUUUGGCCCAUACAGUGUUGUAAAAAAAAUUUGAACCAUCGUUCUAAAAAAUCAGGAAAUUUCUCCUAAACGUCCUUAUUUCUCCUUCUCUUUAAAAAUCAGAAGGUCUGGCUGCAUUGCAGCCUGUGUUCUUCCCUGGCAUCAACCCACAGGACCCAGGGAUCGCAGCUCACUUGGGACCAUGUGCUCAGUUUGCCACAGUACCACUUGCUCUGUGCCACUCAGUUAGAUUGCCUACAACCCAGAUUUACAACCUAUGGUUUGCUGUUAUAUUCUGGAAAAAGUAUUCAAAGACCUGACAAGUACUGUGUCCUUUUGUACUAAGCGUACGAAACAUUUUUGGAGGAUUUUAAGUUGCGUUCAAGGUGACUUUCAAGUACUUCUUAGUUUUGCUUGUUUAAAAGAACAUUGAACAAAUAUUUCUUAUAAAAAUGUCAGAAGUAAACACUGCUUAUAAUUGUGAGAACAGUAUUAUUUGCAGAUUUUUUACAAAUUGUUUAUGUAAAAAAUUUUAAUGAAAUUAUUUUUUGAGAAACAUGUUGAUUUAUGUAUAACCUUUUUAAAAAUUUUAAGGUACCAUUAUCACAUAAUGAAACUGUAGUUUUCAAUAUAGAGUUCAGUGAGUUUUGAAAACAUAUAUUCAAUUGUCGAUCCACCACCAUAAUUUUGAUACAGAGCAUUUAUUUCACUUGUGAAACUUGUGUCCAUUUGCUGUCAGUCCUCUCCUUCCACCCCUGGCCCUUGGCAAACAAUAAUUUGUUUUCUAUCACUACUUUUGCUUUUUUACAAUUUCACAUAAAUGGAAUCAUAGAGUAUGUAAUUUCUUGUGUAUGCAUCUUUCACAUAGCAUUUUGGGGGAAGCAUACUAUUUAUAGAUUUUCUACAAAUAUCUUUCUACCAAGUAAAAUGCUAGAUUGAAAUGAUUAUCUGACUGACAAGGUUGCCAAUUUAUUUACUGAUUUUGCCAGAGAAAAAUGUUACAUUUGAACUUUGUUCAUUUUUUGAAUCUGUGAAUAUUGUAUCAGAGGCUUCAUUCUGUAUUUGUAGAGGUGUGCUGGCUUGUUGUUUACAAGGAGAAAGGUAUUAAACAUGAAGCAAAUUUCUCACAA